AUGUCAGACUAUGGGCUCGCUUUACCGAAGACGUCCGCAAUGAUCUGGACAGCAAGAAUACAAUUCCUCGCACUUUGCUUUACACAAUUGCAGGCAGGCUGGGAAACUGGUACCGCUGGGCCUUUGAUUCCUAGAUUGCAAAUAUUUUACCAUGUCAACUAUGCCAUUGUCUCCCUCAUUUUCAUCACGAAUUGCGCCGGUUUCCUCAUAGGUGCGACAGCAAACGUGUACUUAACCGAGAGAUUCGGCUUCGGAAAAGCUUAUACUGGAACAGGCUCUUUUGGACAAAUCAUCGCUUAUCUGCUUAUGAUCCCAGCGUUGCCAUUCCCCGUGUUCUGUGUUGCGUUCCUCUUUAUUGGCUGGAGUGUAUCCCUUCAGGGUGCCCAAAGUAACAGUUACAUUGCGGGACUGUCAGAAAAUUCGUCCGCGAAGAUGGGCAUAAUGCACGCAAUAUUUGGCCUGGGGGCGGUCUGCUCACCGUUUGCUGCCACGCAAUUCGCGAAAAUGCCGAGGCACUGGUCGUUUCAUUAUAUCAUUUCCCUGGGAAUUGCAAUAUUUGACACUCUCUUGCUUGUUCUCGUGUUCAAAGGGCAAACUCAAGACGACUGUCUGCGCGAAAUCGGAGAAGCUCCAACCAAACAGGGGACUAGCACAGACAGCAAAUACAAGCAGAUUCUAACGCAUAAAAUCGUUCAUCUACUUGCCUUCUUUAGUUUGGUUUACGUUGGUAUCGAAAUCGCCAUUGGAGGAUGGACUGUUUCUUAUAUGCAGAAGUACCGUGGUGGAGGGCCAUCGGCUGGUUAUAUCUCGACUGGUUUCUAUGGAGGACUUACGCUUGGACGAGUCGGCCUCUUAUGGGUGAAUGAAAAGGUCGGAGAACACUUAAUCGUUUUCACAUAUAUACUGCUUUGCCUAGCGCUGGAGUUAAUCGUGUGGCUCGUGCCGAACCUGGUUGCAGGCGCGAUAGCGAUCUCCUUCGUUGGACUUUUCCUUGGCCCAAUGUACCCUAUCCUCAUGAAUGAGACUGGCCGCGUGAUUCCGCAGUGGCUCCUUAGCGGGUCCAUCGGCUGGAUCGCAUCUUUUGGCUUUGCAGGUUCGGCACUUUUCCCGUUCGUCGCUGGUGCGCUCGCUGAGAGGUUCGGGAUAGUGAGCUUGCAGCCUGUCCUUAUUGUUCUUUACGGCGUGUUGUUUGCGCUGUGGACAUUAGUCCCAAACGGGAAGAAGUACACAACGCAAGGGGAGAUGAUAUAA